AUGGACGGAACAAGUGAGGCAAGAUGGCCGGAAAUCCUUGGCAGCAAUAACUGGGACAACCUCCUUGACCCUCUCGACCUCAGCCUCCGCAAACUCAUCCUCCGAUGUGGCGACUUCUGCCAGGCCACUUAUGAUGCCUUCAACAACGACCAAAACUCCAGGUAUUGUGGCACUAGCAGGUACGGCAAGCACAACUUCUUUCAAAAAGUAAUGCUUGACAACCCCGAAAACUAUCUAGUCUCUUCUUUCCUCUACGCCACUGCUCGUGUCAGUCUCCCAGAAGCCUUCCUUCUCCACUCUCUGUCUCGUGAUUCCUGGGACCGUGAAACCAACUGGAUUGGCUACAUCGCUGUCACCUCCGAUGAAUACACCAAAACUCUUGGCAGGCGUGAGAUCUACAUAGCCUUGCGCGGAACCACAAGAAAUUACGAAUGGAUUGACAUUUUAGGCGCAAAGCUCAAGUCUGCUAAACCAUUGUUAAGGGGUGCUACUAGUACUACUUAUGAUCACGAAAACAGCAGCAGCAGUAGCAGUGAAGAUGACGAUGAUGAAGUUCCUAAGGUGAUGCUAGGCUGGCUUUCGAUGUAUAUUUCUGACGACCCAAAAUCGCCUUUCACCAAAUUAAGUGCGAGGGCGCAGCUUUUGGCCCAUGUGAAAGAGCUAAGGGAGCGGUAUAAAGAUGACGAUCUGAGCAUUAUCUUUACUGGUCAUAGCCUUGGUGCUAGUUUAUCUAUUUUGAGUGCUUUUGAUCUUGUGGAAAAUGGGAUUACAGAUAUCCCGGUAGCAGCUUUUGUCUUUGGCAGCCCACAAGUUGGAAACAAGGCAUUCAACGAGAGGUUUAAAAAGUAUCCGAAUCUCAAGGUUUUGCAUAUAAAAAAUAAGAUUGAUGUAAUACCGCACUAUCCAGGGCGAUUGAUGGGGUAUGUAUAUACCGGAACGGAGUUAGAAAUUGAUACGAGGAAAUCUCCAAGCUUGAAGGACUCGAAGAAUCCGAGUGAUUGGCAUAAUUUGCAGGCCAUGUUGCACAUAGUGGCAGGGUGGAACGGUGAGGAGCAAGAGUUUGAGCUGAAAGUGAAGAGGAGCUUGGCAUUGGUGAACAAGUCAUCUGAGUUCUUGAAAGACGAGUGCUUGGUGCCGGGAGUAUGGUGGGUAGAAAAGAACAAAGGAAUGGUCAGAGAUGAAGAUGAGGAGUGGGUAUUGGCUCCACCAGGUGAGGAGGACCUACCAGUGCCCGAAUGUUGA